AAUUACGACACAGAGAUGCCUGAGGCUCUUCUCCUCUGCCACUUCGUCUUCUCCCCGUGAAACAAUUUCGACUGAGUUCUAAUCCAUCCAUCAAUACUCUACAAUCAAUUUCUUUUUUAUGGUUUCGUUACAUCUCCUUCUUUUCCUCCUCCUUACUUCAGUGGUCUGAAACUCAGAGCAGGAACCAUCAACACAGCCAAUAUCAAAGCUUGAGUUUGAUUUUGAGAGAAAUAACUCGAACAAAGAUGAUGUCAGAGAAUUAAUCUACCGAGAGAUAUUGGAGUAUCAUCCUCAGAUGCUGGAGGAAUACAAGCGCGGUGGUGAUCAGCUUAGCUUCAUGUACCCUAGUGGGGUUGAUCGAUUCAAGAGGCAGUUUGCUCACCUUGAAGAGAAUCAAGGUAAACCAGGGGCAGGAGCAGGAGGAGGAAGAAGUACUGCAAUGCAUAGACACCAUGCUUCCUUGCCAAGAGAGAGAGUUCCUGCUCAGAGUGGUGAGACUGCAGAAGAAAGCAGUGAUGUUGAGAGAAGAGCAGCAGCUGCUGUGGCUUCAACUUUGGAAUCUGAGGAACCAGACAAUGGAGGAGGUUACAGUGCUCGUAGCCUCAUGAAGAGUUCGAGCAUCAGCGGUUCUAAAUGCAUUGGUGUCCAAUCUAAAACCGACAAAGAGGACACCAUAGCUGAGGAAGGAGAUGGUGAAUCAGUGGCGGAGCUUACUGAAAGAGUUGCUUCUCUUCGUGAUUCUUAAAACGUUUUUACUUUUUUUUUUGGCGUUUGGUGAAAGUUUUCUGGUGAAAACACCCAUCGUGUUACUGGUCACGGCCUUUACCGCAAAGACUCUCGGAGGUACAGUUUUCUUUCUUUAAUAUAGGUUUACUACAGUUAUGUAUCUUCAUUUUGUGUUUUUUAAUGGGUUUUUCUUGAUACAAUAUGUACUCUGCUUUUAGGAUUACUCUGCUUAGUUAAUUAUUUAGAAAUCUAUGAUAAUUACGAUGAUAUAGUUUGAGGAACAUAUAUGACAGGUAAGGAUUACAUCCGCAUAGUGUAAAUUAAUAUUGUGAUCAACAAGUAAUCUUUUUCAUAUUUUUACGUGAUUGUCAAUGCAUGAAUUCGAAAGAUUGUCAUAUUUUUCAUAUGCAUGAUGAACGUA